AUGUCCUUUGGUGGCACCAAUACUUUCCAACAAUUUUCAACUGAUUUUGGCUUGGGUCAUAAUGGUGUCAAAAUUUCAUUAAGUUAUUUUGAUGGUAACCCAGAACCAUCUUUAAUGAAUGCACUAAAAAGUAAUCAAUUGAAAUUGAUCUUCAAAUCUCUAUUGAAGAGAGAUGAAACAACUAAAGAAAAGGCUCUAGCAGAAUUAACUCCAUUGAUUAAGGAAUCUAAUUUAGAUCUCUUCAAUGAUGAUAUUUUCCCCUUAUGUUGGUCUCAAAUUUAUUCAAAAUUAAUUAUUUGUGAUUCAAAAAAUAUUAGAAUCAAUUCACAUAAAAUUACACUUUUAUUAAUUGACUUGUUAAAAAAGCACGUUUCAAAAUAUUUAAAAGAUUUUAUCCCAUUUGUUUUAUUAGGAAGUUGUGAUUCAGAUAAUUUAGUAUCCUCCACAACAGCACAAUCUUUAUUCGUCUGUUUUAAUAAAGAUGGAAAAAAAGGUAAAACUUUAUGGAUUGUCUUUUAUGAGCAAAUAUUGCAACUAAUCAAGGAUAUCAUUAUACUUCAGAACACAGUAACUAUAUCUGAUGAAUCUCAUACUUCCAAAGAAAAUGCAGAACUAAGAUAUAACAGAUUAUUACUAAAUUCCAUCUCCAUGUUGAUGCAAUUGUUACAAAAGAUUGAUAUUAAGACAAUUGAUAAUAAAAUAGCAUCGAAUCUAUUAAAAGAAAUAUUAACAGAAGAAUCAUUUUGGAAAUUAUUUUCUUUAAAAAACUCAAGCUCAUAUAAGACCUCUGAAAAUUUGUUAAAGUUAAUUGUAAUCCUAUAUAAAACAGAUUAUUUAUUUGAAAAUAAAUCUAUUUUAAAAUUAUUUUCAAGGACUUUAUUAAAAUCUUUAUCUCAAAUCAGUUCAAAAAACAUUAGUAACUUAUCUUUUCUUUUACCUAAUAUUCUUUCAGUUUUAACAAUAUUAAAUUCUUAUAAGAAUGGUAGAUUUUGGAGUUAUGAUAAGACUUCUAAAGAAAAGUUAUUAUCAUUUUUAACAGUAUCCUGUAAAAACCCCUACUUGGGCUUGUUUAAUGGUAUGUUUGCAUUAUAUGAAACCACCUCAACUUUAAAUGUUUUGGAUUAUUCUACUGAAUGGAAUCCUCUAUGGCAAAAUGCUAUUAAAGCUUUAAACGAUAGGCCAUUUUUAGGGCGUUUUGGUGCACAACUAUACUAUGAACUAUGGAGUAAUUAUUUCAAAUUUUUAAAGUAUAAUAAUACUUCAAUUGAUGAUGAGUUGAAACUCAAACUAGAAAACGAUAUAAUAGCAACAUUGCAUGCUAAAAUAGAUUUACAGGAAUUGCAUGAUUUGAGUAUAAUCAUUGCUGAAAAUAUAGAUCCAAAUUUUGUUACAACUAAAUUAGAAGAUGAAUUGAAAAUCAUCAUGUCAUCAUCUGAUUCCAAAGAAACAAAAUUUUUAAAAAAUCUCACAUUUUUGUUGAUAAAUUGUAAUAAUAAUGAAAACCCUGUUAAGAACUUUUUGGAAAACUUGAUUAAUAUCUUAACAAACUCUGACUUAAAGAGUAACCAAAUUCAACUGGAAAUUCUAAAUAUUUAUUCAUAUUUCUUUGAAUCAAAAUUACAAUUUAUUGGAGAUAAUUUACAAAAAUUCAUAGAUGAAAUUCCAAUAUUGGUUGAGGAAAUCAGCAUAGAAGUUUACAGCAAAAUUCUUCUCAAAUAUUCCAAAUCUCAAUAUGCAUCUGAUAAUAAUACAUUUAUCAAUUCGUUAAAUGAUUUUAUAACUGCUUCAACCUCUUUAGGUAUUCCAUCUUCUAAAUUAAUCCCAUUUUUAAACUCAUUUUCUUCAGAUAUUUUAAAGUUACUUAAAGAAGAAAGUGAUUCAUCAGUUAUUGAACUUGUCGAUAAUUGGAUAAGUACAUAUAGAUUUGAAGACAAUGGUGCAAUUUUGCAUGGUAACCUAUUUGAUGAACAAAUUAUUGCAAAAUUAUACAAGAAUGCAGAAUCUAAUAAUACCACUGAGUUAUUAAGUAUUAAUUUAUCAUCGUUAAAACUACCUUUGCAAAAAUAUUUGAUUGAUAAUACAGCAAUCUUGGAAAACAGUCUUUUCCAGGUGUCGCCAGAUGUCACUGACAGUCUAUUUAAACUAUGUCAUCCACAUUUGAAAGUUGAUACUCCACUAGCUAAGAAACUUGCAAAAAUCAUCCUUAAUAAUAUAAUAAAUUCUGACGACGAAGAAAAUUUUAAGUUAUCAUUAAAAUAUUCAGUAGAAUUGAUUAAUCAAAAUAUUGAAAUCUUAGAAGAAUUUUUACCAUCAAAUGUGGAAGAAUUAUUCAAUAGGUAUGUUCCUAUUAUUGAUGAUAAGGUAUCUCUAGUUAAUAGUUUUGAAUUGAAUACAUAUUUGGUAAACGGUAAAGAAGGUAGUUGGAAUUUGUUAGAUGUUAAGAAAGUUUUAAAACUUGGUAUUUUUGUCGAUUCUAUUUUAAUUCAAUUGCCAGAUUUUUUAACGGAUGAAAUUGCUGUAUUCUUGACUGUUUGUAGCCAAGUAAGUGACGAUUUUAACUGUAUAUCUUCCGUUCCUGAAGAGGCCCUAUCUGAUUUUAAUUUUACACUAUUUAAAUCGAAUGAAUAUUCAUUCGAUUUUCAAAGUAUUACCACUAAGUUAUUAGGUUUAGAUGGUCCAAGUGGUGAUAAUUUUACACUAGAUGUUUUAUUUGAUGAUGAUACUAGGCAGAGCAAUACUUAUUUUUUCUACAAGUCACGCAUCUUAUACAAGAUUUUACAAAAUGAGUCUGAUAAUAUAUCAGCUAUAUAUCUACAAGAAUUAUUACCCUCUAUCGAAAAAUACAUUGCCAAAACCAUUAGAGGGAAAGCAUCUACUGAAUAUGAGUAUAGAAAUGCUUUCUUACUUUUAAUUUGUUUAGAUAAAAUUAUUGAUGAUGAUAAAUUAACCAGGCUAAGAACAUUAAUGGCUUCAGAAUUGAUUGGUACUAAAGGUGAAGAACUGGCUGAUAGGACUUAUAAAACUAUAAUCUUGUUAAACAAUCUAUUGGGGGUAUCUUCGAAUAAAGAAUUUAUAGCUAUUACUCCACAAAGAUUAAUAAUGAUUGUUAAAAAUAUUAAUCAAUGGAUGGAUAGUGAUAUUGCUUUUGAACCAGAAUUUAUUCGUGCUCGUUUGGCGUUGUUAAACUUUUUGACCUCAUUAUUAAAGAUGCCUAGUACCAUAGAUACGUGUCCUUCAGUGAUAGAGCCUAGUGCAAGGUUACUUGCAGAUUCUAUUACGAUGUGUCAAUUGGAUGAUACCCCUUGUUAUUUAUCAUUACGUCUACAAUCUUUAAAACUUUAUCAAGAGGUAAUUAAAUAUGAGUCAAUUUUUGUUGAAAAUGAAUACUAUAAUGAAAUUAAUGAUGGUUUACUUGAAUUACCUUUUAUAAAUUUCUCUGAUGAAUGUAAUAACCAAAUUUCAGCUAUAUUUUAUCGCACAUUGAAUCAAACCUUGACAAAAAAUAAUCUUAAUUUGGAAUCUCAAUAUGAUAAAUUACUUACAAUGAUUGUAAGUGGAAAUAAUCUACAUAUUAAUAAAAUAAGAUUGACCGUAAGUUUGUUGCGAGAUAUUAUUCAAAAGAAACAACAAACUACGGUUAUUGAAUUCGAGUUUAGAACCAAAGAAACUACUGGAACUGAAAUCGAAGAAAAGGAAAUGAAAGCUUCUUCACCAAUUGAUGAAGCAUUUAAAUUGCCAGAAACUUUAGUUAAACUUCUUUCUACAGAGGUCCCUCAGGACUAUUUGGAAUAUGAAAAUGAAAUUUCAUUUAUUAAAUAUUUAUGGUAUUGGAAAUUAAUCUUGUGUUUUUUCAAAGAUAUUUCUUACAAUUUACGUCAAAAUUAUCUUGACCAACUAAAGAAUGAUGAAGAUUUAAUUAGUAAGAUGUUAUCGUUUUGUGCCGAUCAAAUUGAUUUACAAGAUAAAGAAUUUUGGGAUCAAGUUACUUCAGAUGAAUUAACAAAUUAUAGUAUCUCGGAUACUGAAUUUUCUCCAUAUAAGGAAGAAAUUCAAUUUGAGUGUAAGAAAUUAUUGGGAAAUAUUAUGUAUGAAUUAUUUAUCAAUGUGGGUUCCAUGUCAAGUUCGUGGUGGCUUAAUAUUAAAGAUAAAUCUUUACAGAAUAAAGUGGAAAAAUUUGUUAUUCAAUUUAUUUCACCUAUUUUAAUUGGUAAUGAAUUAGAUGAUCUUAAUAAUAAAAUGGAUAGAUUAAUUUCUGCAAAUGAUUCUCUAAAAAUUAAAAUUAAUAAAAUAACACAAGAAGUUAAGGCUAGUUAUUUAAUUGAUGAGCAAAAAUUAGAAAUUAGUUUCAAAUUACCAAUCAAUUACCCAUUAACAAACAUUGAAGCAAUUGGUAUUUCAAGAGUUGGUAUUAGUGAACAAAAAUGGAAACAAUGGAUUAUGUCCACCCAAAGAGUCAUCACUGGUAUGAAUGGUUCUGUUAUUGAUUGUCUUGAAUUAUUUACUAAGAAUGUUCGCUUACAAUUUUCUGGGUUUGAAGAAUGUGCAAUAUGUUAUUCUAUUUUACAUGCUGUUGAUAGGAAAUUACCAUCAAAGACAUGUCCUACAUGUAAUAAUAAAUACCAUGGUGCAUGUUUAUACAAAUGGUUUAGAUCAUCUGGUAAUAAUACUUGUCCAAUGUGUCGUAGUGAAAUUCCAUUCCGUAGAUAA